UUAUAUAAGAAAUCUAUUGAUUCUUAUUUAAAACAUUUAAUGAAUUAGUGGUACAAUUGAUAACAUAUUUUUAAGAUUAUAUUAUUUUUAAAAAAUAUGAAUCGAUUAAGAAUUAAAAACCAAUCUUUACGUGAAUUCUUUGCUGAAAUGUUGGGAACUUUUACUUUAACCUGCGUUGGAUGCAGUGGUGGGGCUUAUAUGACAGUAGCUAAAGAAGGGGGAAUAAGUCACGCUGUAGGUCCAUGGAUAUGGGGAAUGGGUCUCACUGCAGCUAUAUAUGUGUGCGGUGGGGUUUCGGGAGGUCAUGUAAACCCAGCAGUUACACUGGGUAUGGCAUCGGUGGGCAAAUUACCAUGGAGGAAAGUCAUUCAUUAUUUUUUAGGACAAUAUAUCGGAGCAUUUCUGGCCGCUGUCGUUACGUAUUGUGUUUAUAGAGAGGCUAUUCUCAAUACAUUUGAUCAUAAAUUGUUGACUACCGGUCCUAAUGCAACGGCAGGAAUAUUUGGUACAUUUCCCGCAGCCGGCAUCACAACAUUGACUACAGUUAUUGAUCAGAUAGUUGCGGUUGGCUUUUUCUUAUUGCUGAUCAAUGCCAUCACCGAUGAAAAAAACAUGGCCUGUCCCAAGGGUUUGGUGCCCAUAGCUAUAGGAAUGACUGAUUUAGGUUUAUUGGUGUUUGCAUUUGGUUACAAUUGCGGCGGUCCUAUAAAUCCGGCCCGAGAUUUUAGUCCACGACUAUUCUCUGCAAUGGCUGGUUGGGGUACUGAAGUAUUUUCAGUAAACAAUUACGGAUAUUUUUGGGUACCAUUUGUCGGUUGUCAUAUUGGAGGCAUAGUUGGCUGUUGGAUAUAUAAGUUAUUUAUUGAGAACCACUGGCCCGACGAGUCGUACGACUUUCCCAAUUCAAAUGAAAGUGAGAACUAUAAUGUUUCGUCUAAAAACAUUGCAGUCAAUAGCAUUGAGCCUAUCUAGCACUGGUGGUUGGAUCGACCAUCAGCUGCCGGUCCCUCUAUUAUUAGCAAUAAUACUUUGGCUGCCAAACAGUCUUUGCUUAACUUGAACUCAAAUAUUAUUUCAAACUAUGAAAACUCAUAUUUAACUCAACGCCGACAUCUAUUUCUCUCAUUAAACU